AUGGAGUGGCUGUGGGUGGUGGGAUACUUCCUCCACGCACGGCUCCAGUUUGCCCACCGAAAUAGAGUCAAAGUCUCAGAUAACCUCUCCCUCAUUCACUCGGUCCUCAGCACCCACGCCCAGGCACUCCAGGACUCUCCGUGGAAGGGACUCCCCGAACUCACCAACAAGGACGGGACAGAGUGCGUGGAUAGCUGUCCCGUGCAGGCCUGGUCCAUGGCCACCAUUCUAGACGUUCUUCAUGAUCUCAAGCAGUAUAGCUGA